AGAGUCCCCGACGCAGCCGAUGACGUACGACUACGAGCCUCCGGCGCAGACGUUUAACCAGCCCAAGCCGACGUACGGCCCCCCGCGACCCACCUUCGGGGCGCCCCAGCCCGCCACGGGGUACCUGCCCCCGCCUCGACACAAUUUCACCAGCACGCCCAAACCCUACGUGCCGCCCCCGCCCUCUACGAAGUACGGGGCCCCUCCUCCGUCACGCUUCUACAACCAACCGGGGCCCACGCUGCUCUACGAGCCCCCGCCCACGCCCGUCUACGACAAUGAGGGGCCAUACCCACGGUACCCCAAGACUUCCGGUAGCUACAUUCCGCGCUACUCGCCUGUACCUCGCUCCCCUCCCAAGCCUCAGCCGUGGUGGACUAAGGUGAGGGCCUCACCACGCCGCCAGCGACGGCAGGCCAGUUCUACAGACCUCUGCCCCUACGAGUCGGAGUUCAUCAUGCCGCGGGCAGCCCUCAAUAACAAGGGCGACUGGAUGUUCCUUGUCAAUGUCAAUGAAGUUUCUACGGAGUAUACACAGUUGGUCGAGAGCAAGAAAUGCAUAACCAACACUUGCACCGGAUUCUGCAGCAUUCCUGAUGGAUUCACUUCUGUCUGCCAGCAACAGUACGUUCAGAAGCGUCUGAUUGCCCUGGACGGAUCCGGUAUGAAGCUGGCAACGGACACCUUCUGGUUCCCCUCGUGCUGCGUCUGCAAGAUCAGACCCAUAGGAGGAUAGAAGCGCGUCUCAAGAAUUUGUGUUCAAAAAACGUUUCUCAAGGGAUCUAUAUCCUCUCUGACUUUUAACACGAUCCGACUCGUAAUUACUGGGUUUUUGUUUGCGAAGUGACGGCCAUUUUGGAUUUACAGAUGCUGGCUUGGUAUGAUUCAGCCUUUGGACUAGUCGUGAGAGGAUGGUCUUCAAGACCCUUGUAACUUUAGUAUUGCGCAAGUUAUGCUUCUUCGAACGGUACUUGUUAGAAGAAAACGGACUUAAUCCAUGUCAUUAAGGAUUCAAAGAAAACAGAUUUGUUUUAUGGGUAACUAUACUAGUGAGUGUUAGCAAACGAAGAGGCUCUGUGACUUGGGUAUUUUGUUUGCAGGUAUAUUAUUAGCUUUUAAAAAAUGUGAUUUCAACAAUAUUAUUGUGAUAAAAUAUUUGUCCUCGUGUUAUGUCUCUCCGAAAUAAUGAUAAUUAAUAAGAAUGAUUCAAUCCAGCCACAAGAAUUAAAAAAAAAUAAUAUUCGAAUCUUAGUGUUAAUAAACUUUAUCAGGAAUUGAUAAUUGCAAAAAAAUUUUGUUAAAGGAAUUUUCAGCUGGUUUGACAAGAUCCUUAAUAUAUAUUUGUACACUUAAGGAGAACAGUUUGUGUGAAGUGAAGAUUGACACUUUCACCAUACGUGUAGUGACGGAUGGUACCUUUCACUGUACUUAUAGUGAAGUAUAACCCUCUCGUAGAAUUUAUAGUGAACCAGUGACAACUUCACUAUACAUGAAUUAUGGACUCUUCACCGCAAGUUUAAUAAAGCAUUUAAACUUCACCAUUCGUACAGUGAAGCGUGACACCUUCACCAUACAUGCAGUGAUACAUGACGCGCCUUCACUAUACAUACAGUGAAGCGUGACACCAUCAACAUGUUUACAGUGUAGCGUGAUAUCUUCACCACACGUAGUGUGAAGCAUUGCACCAUCACCGUACUUAUAGUGAACCAUGAAACUUUCACCAUACAUAAAAUGAAGUUUGGCACCUUCACCGUAAAUUUAGUAAAGCAUUGCAACAUCACCGCACGUACAGUGAAGCCUGACACCUUCACCGUACAUAGUAAACCUUGGCACUUUCACCGUACGUACCAUGGAGCGUAACACCUUCACCGUACAUAGUAAACCUUGGCACUCUCACCGUACGUACCAUGGAGCGUAACACCUUCACUAUACGUACAGUGAAACACAUCACCGUAAGCUAACUCUCCGUUAGAGAGAAAAAAGACUGUGUGGGCGCGCGCGCGCGUGCGAGUCUCCCUAUUUAGUUAUUAUUAUUUAUGUGUUUAAAAGUAAUUCCUAAUUUAUGCCUUGAGUCUUAUUUUUGUAUCGUUUAUUCUAUCUUUAUUAUCACACUUUUGUGUGUGUUUUCAUCUUUAGAUAAAAAGAAAGCCACUUGUUCUACUGUAUUAUUUAAAAAAUAAAUUUACAAAAACAACUAACUAAAUAAAGUUAUUC